GAAAUCCGGGCGGGGCCGCGGGGGUCGCAGACGGCCGCGCUGGUGACGCCGGGCGGCGUGUGCGCUCUCCUCCCGUGCCGCCAUGGCAGCGCUGCCCGGUGCCGCGGCCCCGCGGCUGCUCCUCAUCCCUAGCAAAGCGGCCGAGGCUCCCGGCCCCGCGGCUGCCCGGCAUCUCUCCGUUGUCCUGCCGGCAGGAGCAGACCCCGACCUCCCGGGGAUGGAGACUCCGCAGCCGGCCCGCAAGCGGCAGCGGCUCACGCAUCUGAGCCCAGAGGAGAAGGCGCUGCGCAGGAAGCUGAAGAACCGCGUGGCGGCCCAGAGUGCCCGCGACAGGAAGAAGGCGCGGAUGACAGAGCUGGAGCAGCAGGUGGUGGAGCUGGAGGAGGAGAACAAGAAGCUGCUGCGGGAGAACCAGCUGUUGCGGGAAAGGACGUGUAACCUGGCGCGGGAGAACCAGGAGCUCCGCUGCCGCCUGGGUUUAGACGCUCUGAAGACGGAGGAGGAGUGCGAAGAGUUCCAGGUUGUGAAAGAAUCCCAGGUGGAUGAGAUUAGAUUGGUGACCGGGUCCGCUGAGUCCGCAGCACUCAGACUACGUGUUCCUCUGCAGCAGGUGCAGGCCCAGCAGUCACCACUUCUGAUACUUUCCACAUGGAUUCUGAUGGCAGUGACUCUUCAGACUCUGAGUCUGAUCUCCUAUUGGGCUUUCUGGAUGGUCUGGACCCAGAAAUGUUACUCAAAUAUGCUGAUUCAGAGUCAACGUGCUUGGAAAAGCUGGAGGAAGAGUUCUCUGGAGAAACAAAUUCCAUACCAACCACCCUGUCUCCCUCUUUGGGGUCCCCAUCAGCUAAGCUGGAAGCCAUUAAUGAACUCAUAAGGUUUGAUCACGUGUAUACAAAACCCCUGGUAGUGGAGAUUCCUGUUGAAGUGGGCAACCAAACCAAUAUGCUUGUGAAAAUUGAGGAAGAAAAUCUCCCUUCAUCUGACGGCAAGGCUAUCCCUGAGGUCACAGUGU